AUGAGCAUGCUUUACCAGAAGAAUUUUAUUUUGACAGAAAAUCGACCAGCAAUGAUCCCGAGUACUUCUUCAACGUCUUUUCCAAAUGGAAAUUAUUCCUCAAGUAAGAAGCAAUAAUCGUAAUCAUGAAACACUGUCAGUAAUCAUUUUUCGCAUGCACAUUCUUUUUCGUCACUCAAUGAUAGAAACCGUAUUCCCGCAUUUUUAGGCGUGUCAAGCUCGAUGGACAGUUUGCAAUUUGAAAGAUAUUUUAUGGAGCAUGAAAAUGGUUUGUGUUAUCUUUCUGUGUUACGAAAUAUUAUUGAGCUUAAACAAGCAAUGUGUUUGGGGACUGGCUAAACGGAGAGUUAUUAAGUGGAGAUCGAGUUAUGAUUUCGGAGAGUUAUGUUCGAACCACGCCCAAACCACGCCCACUUUUCCCAACGACCACACCCAACUUCUUAACUCUCUCGACGUUUCCUUGAACUAACAUGAGAAAGUUAUGUUUGACGUAACUCUCUCUCGUUAACAUUAUGAAGAUGUUAGAGAGUUAUUAUUUUUUAUAACUCUUCGCGUUCACGAUUGUGGCAAUGAAGAGAGUUAUGUCAGUUUUUUUUUUUUUAAAAACUUCCACAUUUUAGUAAAUAUUUAUAAAUUUACUUUUUUCUCAAGUUGUAGCUUUAACAUUUGACGCUAGUAGGAACUUGUAGUACUUUAGUACUUACCAAGUUCAUCUGUAUGUAAAUGUUUAUAUACAUGCUCACUUGGUUUAUCUACCAAGCCCAGCAUUCAGAUACAACUCUCGUAUUAGAUAGAACCAGAAAACCUUUCCAAUGUAAUGCUCUAUUGCCUGAUCUGGGAAAGUAUUUCCAAAACCUCAAUUGCUGAAAGAUUCAAUUUUCUUUAUUUUUCAAUUUUCUUGCAACUAUGCUUACCGUAUUUACUGCCAAAUACAUGUCAAAGUAUCCUUGGGGAGGGGGGUACUUUGACCCUUCUGAUGCAAGCAUCUCAUUGUUUUGACCGAGUUGAGUUGUAUUUCCUGUUUGGACGCACGCUAUUGACACGCUGCAAACUGAAAUACCAAAGUAUAAAAUGAAAAUCUGAAGAAACAAGCUUUACUGCUUUACUAAGGUUUUCUCAAAAAACUGACGUAACUCUCUUCAUUGCCACAAUCAUGAACGCGCUUGAUGAGCGCGGAGAGUUAUAAAAAAUGUUAACUCUCUAACAUCUUCAUAAUGUCAACGUCAAACAUAACUCUCUCAUGUUAGUUCAAGGAAUCAUCUGGAGAGUUAAGAAAUUGGGUGUGGUCGUUGGGGAUAGUGAGCGUGGUUUGAACAUAACUCUCCGAAAUCAUAACUCUUCGACGCAAAAAACUUUUAUGUUUUGUCAUAUUUGUUGAAGAUUACCACAAACUGUGACUACAAUUUUUUUAAUUUUUGAUGCAUUUCUCAAGUGGCAAACAAACUUUAAAAAGUAUGUUUAUUGCUUUAUCUGUAAAAUAAUUAUAAAAUGAAGAGAUCUUAGCCGGAUGGUACGCCAAAGAGAAAAUGAUGUCUGAAGUUCAGUCAGUUGUGCUUACAUCAGUUUACAUUGCUGUAUAAAUAUGGCGUCAAUUUUACAACAUCAAUGAUAAUUGUAUUUAAAUUGACAAUAUUUAACUAUUAUUUUGUGUUUCUCAACCGCCAGAUACAUUUAAAAAGGUUGCUAACUGUGUAAACUACAAAAUAAAGCUAAUACGAAGUAAUUUUUAGAGGAACGCCAAAAAUAGAACACUUUUCAUUGCAAAUACGCCACAUUGAAAACAAUUGCCUCUUAAUAAUUUAACUUUCACUUAUAGCGGCCCCUAGACCAGCAAUCAGUCCACAAUACCAAGGCUCUGAACCGCCCAGAUUUGACAGGGCGAAUAAUACCCCAACGUCACCUGAUGAAUUUUACGGUGCGAGACGUGAUCUCAGAUUACAUGGAGGACGCAAUAGACCGCAUCCGCUCGACGGUUCGUCUGUAAGCUCAAGUGAGGCAGGGAUGCAGCGCCAAUUUAUGGGAUCGCCAAGACAUGAUAUGAUGAUUGGAAGUAACAGGGGAUAUGAACAGUAUAUGAGGACAGGUGUUGAUACGAGGUAUUGGCAAGGGGAUUACAUGGGAUAUGAAAGUUCUACAGCAGCUGAAUCACAUUCAAUGACAGGUAGGACAUCACACCAAUGAGCUAUAUAUAUAUAUAUAUAUAUAUAUAUAUAUAUAUAUAUAUAUAUAUAUAUAUAUAUAUAUAUAUAUAUAUAUAUAUAUAUAUAUAUAUAUAUAUAUAUAUAUAUAUAUAUAUCUGGAGUAGUCUGUUUUUUGAGAUAUGCAUGUAUAAGCCUUAUACUAAAGGGGUUGGUUUACACUAUCAAAGUUUCUGUGAUCACAGUAGGAAUUUUGCAUAGGUAAAUUUUAAGUUGUGAAGAAUGUGUAAGGAAGGUUUGAGGAAACUGACCAAGGCUGUAUUUUGGUGGAAAUGCUGGGGCAGGUGGAAAUAUAUUUAGGGGAUGUGCACCACGGCCCCCAUGGAAUGUUAGCCCCCUAUUAAAGUCAACUACAGUACAUGACGUACAGAUAUGCAUGUACUGUACAUAUGUAUCAGUGUAUUUAUGAAUUGUGACUGUACGACUUAUCCAAUAAUUUGCUCUUCAUUACAAUACUACAAAGUUUAUUUCGAAAUGUUCCAUUAAAAGGGUACUUGAUACAAAGAUGAUGAAUAGUUAUCAGUUUUUCGAGUGUAGAUUCUACGCAACGCAUAAAAAUUUCACUUUGAUCUAUCAUUUAACCUUUCCCAAGGGGUGGUGCAUGACUUUUCGGGGGAGGUUCAAAACUAUCUCAGGGGAGGUGCCCACCUGCCCUCACCUCGCCUCAAAAUCCGGUUUUGGAACUGACCAUAGAUAUCUUAUAUACACAAAAAUACACUAGAUAGCGCAUCUCUUUUAGUAAAAUUGAAGCCAAGAAUAUUCCAGCUGUUACCCCCAUUUGAAUAGAUGGCGGCCAUGUUGAAGUUUCCCACUCGCCAAUAAACGCUUAAAAACAACAAUAUCUUUCAUCAUUUGAAUAGUUUAAAAAUGUAUUUGGAAUAGGUUUAACUUAAUGUUUAAGUUCCCUGUUUAAGAAAUAGAAAAUAGACUAAUCUUCUUAUUUCAUGGGAAUAUCCUGAGUCUGCAAUCACGGCUUCAAUUUUUGAAUUGCAAAAUAAUUAGAUGCACUAUCUAGUGUAUAUAAGAUAUCUAUGGCACUGACUCGUUGUUAAACACUGAGUCAGUUGCCUCAAAUAUUUCGUAUAAAUCCUUCAAAACUUAAGAAUUUACCCAUGCAAAAUUCCUACUGUGAUCACAGAAACUUUGAUAAUGUAAGCCAGGCUUAACUCGUAUCAUGCCUGAUAUCUUUCGAUACUUUUUCAUUCCAGUCGCUGCGGACAAGGUUGCACUUGUGAUUGGAAACAAGGACUACGCUCAUCAGAAGUUGCGUGGUUUACUUUACCCCGAAAAAGAUGCCGCUGAUGUUGCCCAGGCUCUUACGAAUCUUAAUUUUAAAGUAAGAUUAACUAUAACUUUAUUUAUACUGGAUAACUCUAUCAAUUCUAAACUGUUCUUCCUAGAGGUCCAGUAAGGAUCAUCUCUUAUUGAUCCAGUGUUACUACAGGAGGAAACCUAAACUAAACUAACUUUAUUUAUACUGGAUACCUCUAUCAGUUUUAAACUGUUCUCCCUAGAGGUCUAGUAAGGAUCAUCUCUUAUUGAUCCAGUGUUACUACAGGAGGAAACCUAAACUAAACUAACUUUAUUAUACUGGAUAGCUCUAUCAGUUCUGAACUGUUCUUCCUAGAGGCCCAGUAAGAAUCAUCUGUUAUUGAUCCAGUGUUACUACAGGAGGAAACCUAAACUAAACUAACUUUAUUUAUACUGGAUAACUCUAUCAGUUCUGAACUGUUCUUCCUAGAGGCCCAGUAAGAAUCAUCUCUUAUUGAUCCAGUGUUACUACAGCAGGAAACCUAAACUGAACUAACUUUAUUUAUACUGGAUAGCUCUAUCAGUUCUGAACUGUUCUUCCUAGAGGCCCAGUAAGAAUCAUCUCUUAUUGAUCCAGUGUUACUACAGGAGGAAACCUAAACUAAACUAUUUUUAUUUAUACUAGAUUACGUUUGUCAGUUCUAAACUAUUUCUCAUAUCAUAUUUCUCAUAUAUUCAUCAUCUCUUAUUGGACCGUAUUACUUACAGUAGUUGUUACUGUUCUCGCUAGUUCGGAAAGGGUGUCAAUUUUUUAUCCAAUGUCAUAAAGGUUAAAAUAUAUUCAGAGAACUGCAACGGGUGAAACACACAUCCACUAAAUCGCUAUGUUAUCAACAGUACACUGAUAUUUUUUUCAAAAACAUUUUCAGGUAAUAUCUCUGGUGAACUUGACGUUGAGUGAGAUGAGAACAGCGAUGCUGGCUUUUUGCUGUUUACUGGGUAAGUUGAAGUACAGUACUUGCACUAUCUUAUUUUAGCUCCCAAUGAGUGGCAACACUUCGCAAAUUAGGAAGGAAGAUUAGAUUGACAACAUCUGACCGCCUUUUGUAGCCGCAAAUCGUAGUUCUUUAGACUUUUUCUGUGUUGGUGUAAUGUACUCAGGUGAAUAUGAUACUUGUGAUGUUACUGUGGAUAUACGCUCAGAGUAACAUCACAAGCAUCUUUAGACUUUAUUGCCUUUAAUUUCAUGCAAUAUACUGUAUAGCUUAAUUUAUAGCUUACCAAUGAUUUCAUGGUUGAAAAAUUAUUGUUGCAGGCUUGUUACGCAAUAAUGUCAUGUAGUUAUUCAGUUAUCAUUCAGAUGCUUUCGGAAAUUAUUGAGGCAGGAGGUUGCCCCCUAGUGUCUGCCACUGCAAGGGAUGUUAGAGUCGAUUGUAUAUAUAUGUCCUAAUUCACAGUUUGAGAGCAAAACAUUUUGACUCAAAAAUUUUAGUAAAAUUUCUCAAAUAUAUGAGCAAAUUAACUCACUUUUAGUAAAGUAAACCUUGAUUCAAAAACUUCUAAGAAAAAUUUGAGUCACUGAGAAUUGGGUGCAUUAUUUUACUGAGUUAAAAUACUCGGGGCUUUUUUACAAUGUCAUUGAUUAUACACUAUUUAAAACACUCGCAGUCCUUACUUUAUCAGAUAUGGCUUGAAAACCGACCCAUCUUAUGAGUUCAUUGGCGAAGUAAUUUUAAAAAUCAACGUUUUUUAAGCCGAGAAAUUAAAGCUAAAGUUUAUGUAAAUGAAGAUGAUUUUUUAUCACAUAUAAAACUACCCACACAGCAGUGACUUCCUUUGUCUUUUCCUCAUGAAUUUCUAAUGAUUUCUUUUAAAUAGUUCAAUCAUAACGGCUUAUUGACCGAUCGUGUGAGGUUUGUACUGUGAAAUAUCAGACCGAGGUUUUUUAGUAUGGACCGAGCGACGAAGGAGCGAGGUCCAUGCAAAAAGCAGAGGUCUGAUAUUUCACAGUACAGACCGAACAAGCGAGGUCAAUAAUCGGUUUAUUAUAUGGCUGAACUGAGUCUGUGAGCAUAUGCUUUUCGCGCGAAUUAAAUCGGCUAUCGUCAGUUUCACUGGGUAACAAUAUACGGUAGGCAUGCAUGCUCAAUAAAAAACAAUUUGGUUGUUUGAAAUUUUUAUCUGUAAAGCACAAUUGGAAAUUUAAAAAGCAAAAAUUUUUUCUGUUUGCAAAGCAAAAAUUUCCCGCCAGAUAAACGACAUCCGGGACACCGGUCCAGAUACGGAAAAUACGGACCACGGUCCGGAUAUGGGUUUUUACGGACCGCUUGUCAACCAAUCAGAAUAGAGAAUUUUGAAAAGCCAUAUAAUAAUUCUGUUUAUUUCCAGGCAACGGUGUAUAUGGUGUGGUGUACUAUGCCGGACAUGGCUACGAAGACAACGGGGAGAAUUUUCUCUUGCCUGUGGACUCGGAUCUCAAGUAUAAUCGUGAACACAGUCUCAGAACUCAGGAGAUACUCGAAGCGAUGCAGCAAUGUGAGACGUCCUUAAAUCUUCUCAUUAUUGAUGCCUGCCGCGUGAGGUUAGUCUAUUUAGGGGCUGUUCAUAUAGACAGGGGGGUUACUCUUUGGGACCGCAAUAGAACAUUGACAAUUUUCUAUAAUCAAGUAUAUCAACAUCGGACAGUGUAACGGUGUUGCACUAACAAGUUGUCAAGCUUAAUGUCAUAGUUUAUUUUAACAGAAAAGAAUUAAUUUCAGUGCACUGAGUUCACGGCUUAUUUUUGCUCGUACAGUAUAAAUAACCCUAUUCGCAGAUAUAUAGUGUUGUUAACCAAAAAUGUUUUUGUUUUUCUAUAGUUUACCAAACAAAUCAGGCUCAAAUGUACCGCGGAUAAAAAGAAACUCCACCGGCAACAACAUUUUUGCCUUUUCCUGGUAAGAGACUAAACUGUUUUUCAUAUUCCAUAAAUUUUACAGUGGAUUCAAUCAAUACCACUGUUCUACAUGCUAAUAGGCCGUUUGCUGUGACCUCGAAAAGUGCCUAGAAAACGAUUUUCAUUUCCCAUGUCUUGGAAGUGAAAUAUUGUUAUGGGAACUAUAACACUUUCGAACACGCUGAGUUCAAAUCCAAAAAGUUCCCGCUUCGUAGACCCGCAGUUUUCUCACAAACUGCUAUUAGGGACCUUUAGCAAAUAGGUGACGGCAACGCGACGACGACGGCCAAAACAAACUCGUUCAAAUAAGUAACUUUAAGAUCAACAUGUCUUGUAUUAUCCGUUGUAUAAAUUUAUUGCAAUUUAAGAAGGUUAAGACAGAGGUUUAUAGUUGAGAAGACUUCUACUGUCUCUACUAAGCCAAUUUGCCGAGGACGACUUCUCGCGGCUUGAAAGGCAGACUGGCGUUGUGUACAAAACGUGAAAUCUUUGGUUUGCUGUUGUAAACAGAGCAAGGACGACGUCUAAAACUCCCAAGGGACCUUUAAUUAUGCAUUUUCUUUCUACACUGUCAUAAAUUUCAUUGUAUUAAUAGGCGUCGCCGUCCUGCUAGCUAAAGGUCCCUAUUUUAUCUUAGUAACAUCACAAACAUCAUAUUCAUUUGAGUACAUAACACCAGCACACACAAAACGAAUAAUAAUAAUAAUAAUAAUGAUAAUUUUAAUAAUGCUAAUAAUAUUUGUAUUUUCUAUUUUAGUUGCAGCCAGCAGGAAUCAUUGGAGAAGGUUCAUCCUGACUGGCAGAAUGGAAUGUAUUGCGCACAGUUGUUGCGAAGACUUGGAGAGAACAAAAGAGUUGAGAAUAUACUCAUGGAUGUUGCCACAGGUAGACAAGGCGAUAUUUUGUUUGGUUGGGAAGAACAAGAAACGUUUUAGGUAAACGCCAGCCAAACGCAGUGGUACCUAAAGUACUUUGGAUUUGUACUCAAAGUAGAAGUAAUUAACAAUAAAACGACUUGAGUAAGAGUAGAAAGUACUGGAGGCAAAACGUACUUAAGUACAAAGUAUCCUUAAAAAAUACUUGAAGUACAAAGUAAAAGUACUAUUUUCUCUUGCAUGUAGGGGAGUCUGCUGAAUGGAUUAGCAUACAAAAGACACAAAACAGCACAUGCAUUAUGCGCGUGCACCUAAUAUACAAUAUUUCACGGCAUGGUCUACUUUCCAGACCCCGUUGAAGAUAUAAGAAAUCCAUUAAAUAAAUAAUGCUUAUAAGUAAGCCACAAAUGAGAGAUCCCAGACGCAUGUAGAGGUCCUAUUACUUAUCCCAAAAUUAAAAUAAAUCAGGAAUAAAUCACGUAAAAUUAAACAAAAGUUAGAAAGUAACGAAAUACUUCGCCACAAAUAGAAAAUAACGAAAUAAAACGUUACUUCUUAAAACGACUUCGUUCCAAGUAAAAGUACUCCAGAAAAAGUUUACUUUGUUACAUGCUCACUUCUCAAAAAUAGUACUCAAGUACAGUAACGAAGUACUAUUUAAAACACGAGAAGGAGUGUUUUAUGAAAUUUAAAACGCGAGGCGCAGCCGAGCAUUUUAGAUAUGAUAAAACGCGAGUUCGAGUGUUUUGAAUAGCUUAAAAUACGACUACAAAAGAAUACUAAUUAGGAUGAACAAUUAUAUAAUCAUACUAAUUAGGAUGAACAAUUAUAUAAUCAUACUAAUGCAGAUGAGUUUUAUCAGAUGUAAAGUCACUCCACGUGACAUAUUAUGGCUGACAUGAUUUGCCACAAGGUUUAUGAAUUUUAUUUUAAGUACAUUUUAGAAUUUUAUUUUAAGUACAGAGUAUUUUAAGUACAUUUACUUCGUUACUUGACACCACUGGCCAAACGUAUUUUUUUCUUUAUCAGUAUUUUUCUGGCUUUCUUCACUGAAAUUUUCUUCACUGAAAACUACAUCUACUGUACGAUCGUUGUGCAAUCCACCAGAACAGGGUUUUAGCUAGAGGGCCGUGUUGGCCGUGUUAUCGCGGCCAAAAAUGGAAAAACACGGCUAGAUAAAAUGAAUGCGGCUUCAUUAUUUAUAUAAAGCCGUGUAGAUUCAUAAAAUAAGGUGUUACUGCUUACAACAGACAUAACAUAAUUUCUUCCUAUAUUUACGUCGUAAGAAAGUUUGUAAAAUCUACUGUAGUUGUUGAAAUUGGCAAAACUGAUCCGUAAUGUUUUAAUGUUUUGAUGGAUAUGAUGUUACUGUAAAAUGGUUUUAAAUACCCCCAAGAGUUGCUGAAAUAACUUAAUAUUUUAAUGUCAGUGCGCAAUAUGAGCGUAUAUGCUCGCCUUGUAUUUGGUUCCAAAGCAUAGAACAACCACAGGCAUUGUCUGUUGUUGGCGAGCCAUAACUAGAACCGUGAAUUUGGCUAUUCAAGGUAAUUGACAUGUGCACACCUUGGUCAUUUAGAAACACGCCCAAGAUCUAAAAUCCUAGCUAAGACCCUGCACCAGAACGCAUGUAACUGACUGCGGGGCCUUCGGUGGCACAAUCGUCUGAGCAAACUGCUUUCACCCCUGAGAUCGUGGGUUUGAUUCUCGCUACGGACUCAUGCAUCACACUUAUGCGAAAAGAGUCAGUCAACGCUCUACCGAAAGUCGUGGGUUUUCUCCGUGUUCUCCGGUUUCCUCCCACAGGGAAUGUUGACAGGGUGGGUUGGGAUUAACCCCUAACGGCCCCUUCCACCGUAGUUGUCCUCCGUGAUCAGACAUGAGUCAUAAGAUGGCUACCAUAGGCGCCCUUAGAAAGGUUUCGACUCGAUCAGGUUGGACUGCGUCCCUCGUAAUUCAGCUUGGCGCUCAGCUGUAAGUCUGCCUCCUCCGCAGGCCCUCGUUGCGUCAUGGGAAGGUCAAGAUCUGGCGAGGGCCUGCGGAAUCUUGUAAAAAAAAUGGCGCCGGCGUCACGUCAGCAAGUAAAUUUCUACAUAAUCUUGAAUAUAAACAGAUAUAAAAAAAGCGGGGUGAAACUUGUAAAUUAAACUGGCGACUCUAAGGACGUGGAAGGAAGCAUUUUUUAACGAUAAGGUUUGUUGUCCACACCAACGUUGCACGAAUAAAACUGCCUUCUUAAACGAAGCAGGUUCAAAACAACAUUUAUUCAUUUUACAAGAUUCCGCAGGCCCUUUCGAAAUCGUGACCUUCCCAUGACACAACGAGGGCUUGCGGAGGAGGCAGGCUGUAAGUAAGGAGGUGGAGACUGGACAACAGGCCUUUGGACUUUUAUGGAUAUAUUAGCCAACUUGAUGAUGAAAAGUUUCUUGAUGAUUCUGCUUAUUUUUUGCAUCGAACUAUUGAAUUGUCAAAACUGAUUGCAUUCUGUGGGACUUAUUCUCAUAUUGUGUAAAUAUUCCUUAGUUAUAUUUUGUAUUCUAAAAUUUUUUUGUAUAAUUUCUUCCAUGAGGGAGGCAAAAAAUAAAGAAUUUCAUUUACUUGCUUGCUUACUUACAGUACUUAACUGAUAAGCUGAUAGUUUGCGUCUGUGUGUUCUUAUUUAGAUUUUGCUCGGGCCUGUGGUAUUCCACAACGGCCGUGCAUAGAGACAGAUGCAAAGGUGGACUUCAGAUUAACAGACCCAAUUCAACCGGAUAUGAUGGAAGACGAUUUUAUGCAGAGAUGCCGUAUGUGGAUGGAGGCAAAACGUAAGAAUUCAGAUCUUAACUACACUUAAUUUGUACUGGACAGCUCUAUCAGUUCUAAACUGUUUUCCUAGAGAUUCAGUAAGGAUCGUCUCUUAUUGCUCAAGUGUUACUACAGGAGGAAACCGAAACUAAAGUAAUUUUAUUUAUACUGGAUAGCUCUAUCAGGUCUAAACUAUUCUCCCUGGAGGUCCUGUAAGAAUCAUCUCUUAUUGAUCCAGUGUUACUACAGGAGGAAACCUAAACUAAACUAACUUUAUUUACAUUGGACAGUUCUAUCAGCUCUAAAUUGCUCUUCCUAGAGAUCCAAUAAAGAUCAUCUCUUGUGGAUCCAGUGUUACCACAAGAGAGAACCUAAAAAACCUAAACUAAACUAACUUUAUUUAUACUGGAUACCUCUAUCAGUUUUAAACUGUUCUCCCUAGAGGUCUAGUAAGGAUCAUCUCUUAUUGAUCCAGUGUUACUACAGGAGGAAACCUAAACUAAACUAACUUUAUUUAUACUGGAUAGCUCUAUCAGUUCUAAACUGUUCUUCCUAGAGGUACAUUAAAUCCACUUCUUAUUGGUUCAGUGUUACUACAGCAAACUUGGUAUAUAAUAAAACAACUGCCUUAAUGCAGGAAUUAAACCCUCGUCACGGAGGGUUUAAUUUCAAGACUUUCCUAUAAUAAAGUUGGUAGAAAUGCUCGGAUGAAGUUAGACGAAAACUUGUCUUUUAGUUACUGUCGUUCCAAUUAAAGUGUUCCUCAAAUAUUGGUUCAAUACAUUACCUCAGGUUGACCAAUUCAUUUCAUCACGUUCCUCGAGAUAUUCAUACACUUCCUGUGAAAGAGUCAAUUCCAAGUAUUUGAUCAUUUCUGGUCACUUCCUUUCUAUUUAUGAUUGGUUAGUUGCACAAACAACAAAGGUGAUUGGUGCAUUCAAACUAUUCAUCAGGAAGUUUACAAUUAUACUAGGAAGUGUAUGAAUAUCUCGAGGAACUUGAUGAAAUUAAUUGGUCGGCCCGAGGUAAUGUAUUGAAUCAAUAUUUGAGGAACACUUCAAUUGGAACGACAGUAAUGCAAAUUAAUCUUCCCCAUAACGCAAAGGAAGAAAGAUUUUUGUGACACGAAUUAACUCGGUUUUCCAACGCCAUCUUGAAUCUAUUGUUUUCACCAUUGUGUUGGCACCCCCUGGAAAUUUACCUACAGGGAAUUCCAUUGUGUUUGCACCCAUUGCACUAUUGUGUUUCGUUAUGGCGUUGUUAACCUUGAAUUCCUCUACUGGAAUGUCACAACUUUGGUGUUUUCCUCUUUCCACAGGUCACCCGCAGGGGUUUUCAGUAACAGCAGCAAGCUUGCUGAUUUCGUUGGAUUUUCAUGCUCUGUUUGGUAACGUUCUCAGGGUGUCUGUGAUUACCGAGAAGAGAAUUGAAAAGUCCGUCAAAGAAUUUCAUUUGAGACUGGAGACAGUUAGUGUAAGUAAUAAAACUGGAUAGCUCUAUCAGUUCUAAACUGUUCUUCCUAGAGGUCCAUGCAGCAAGGAUCAUCUCUUAUUGAUGCAGUGUUACUACAAGAGGAAACCAAAACUAAACUAACUUUAUUUAUACUGGAUAGCUCUAUCAGUUCUAAACUGUUCUCCCUAGAGGUCCAGUAAGGAUCAUCUCGUAUUGAUCCAGUGUUACUACGAGGCAACCUAAACUAAACUAAAUUCAUUUAUACUGGAUAGCUCUAUCAGUUAUAAACUGUUCUUCCUAGAGGUCCAGUAAGGAUCAUCUCUUAUUGAUGCAGUGUUACUACAGGAGGAAACCUAAACAAACUAACUUUAUUUAUACUGAAUAGCUCUAUCAGUUCUAAACUGUUCUCCCUAGAGGUCUAGUAAGGAUCAUCUCUUAUUGAUCCAGUGUUACUACGAGGCAACCUAAACUAAACUAACUUUAUUUAUACUGGAUGGCUUUGUCAGUUCUAAACUGUUCUACAAAUAAUUUACAUUUUUCCAGCCCCUCCUCUGCAUACAAAAAGGCUGUGAUAAUACGAAAGAGGGUCCUGUUAUCUGCAAACAGAUAUUUGAAAUUCAGAAUAUCCAGAAACACAUCAAAUUACAGGUGAGAACUACAAAUACUAGAUGUAUUAUUUAGAGCUAUUUUGUGUCCAGUUAUACUUAUACUACAGGAGGGAACAGAAGUCUUUUUUUUUGGAAACAUUUAUUUUUUCAAACCAAAAAAAAACAUCAAUUGCCUGGGAAACGGAUAUGGCAAUAAAAAUUUAGUUUGUCUCAUUUUGAAAGAACUUUUAAAAUUAUGGGGAAAACGUUUUACAGCUUCUUCAAUUGUUGUUUAGUUCUCGAAAUAUUUCAGUCAUUCUUACUGUCGUUCCAAUUGAAGUGUUGCUCAAAUAUUGAUUCAAUACAUUACCUCGGGCUGACCAAUUCAUUUGAUCAAGUUCCUCGAGAUAUUCAUACACUUCCUGUGAAAAAGCCAAUUCCAAGUAUUUGAUCAUUUCUGGUCACUUCCUUUCUAUUUAUGAUUGGUUAGUUGCACAAACAACAAAGGUGAUUGGUGCAUUCAAACUAUUCAACAGGAAGUUUACAAUUAUACUAGGAAGUGUAUGAAUAUCUCGAGGAACUUGAUCAAAUGAAUUGGUCAGCCCAAGGUAAUGUAUUGAAUCAAUGUUUGAGCAACACUUCAAUUGGAACGACAGUAAACGUGUUUUCAUUUCUCUUAUACCCAGGGUCCUGUUAUGCUCACAAUCAAGGCAAUGUUCAAAGAAGAUGACAAAAUCUGUGAAUUUGACAAGGAAAUAGAUCUUGGGUGGCCUCUGGUCUCCUCGAUCACGUGUCUUUGGGAUCGUUGGUUGCUAGGAGACCGAUGCAAGACCACAGCAGUGUAGACGAAGUAUAGCCUCGGAACUUUAACACCGGAAAUUUGACCCAGGAAGUAUAAUCCCGCAAGUUUACCACAAGAAAUUUGACCCCGGAAGUUUAACACCACAACGUUAACCUCGGAAGUCCGACACCGGAUGUGUUAUACCGGUAGUUUUAUACCGGAAUAUUAACCUCAAAAGUCUUAACGCCGGACGUUUGACUCCGGAAUAUUAACCUCGGAGGUUUGACCCUGGAAUAUGAACCCCGGAAGUUUGAAACCGGAAGGUCCAUACCGGAACAUUUUCCUAGACCUGACGACCCUUCCAUGCUCGGUCGCAAAAACAAGUAGUAACAGAUAAGGUUGCAAAAUAAUAUGCCCUGAAGAUAAGGAAAUAUAGAAAUAUAUCCCGGAAUGAUGAAUUUUCUUGUGCAAACAAGAUAAUUCUAUUCCAAGUGGUAAGAAGUCUGCACAAAUGCCAACAUUUUAGAUUGGCAUUGUUGAUAUGAUAGUCUAUGACUAGUUAUGUGAUGGUAUCCAUCAAAAAUUUGUAAAUACGCUACAACAAAUGGUGGUCUCUGACUUCAGAAAUUUAGGCAACUUCUAGCGGCAAAAAAAAUUAAACUCGAAAUCUCAAUAUGAAAAUUAAAGGCCCCGAAAGUCCUUGACUAUAUAAAGAAGUGCUAUAUAAAUCUUGACUAUAUAAAUCUUCUUGCUGUAGUUUUUGGAUAUUUUCUGAAAUUGCUCCACAUUGAAAAACGGACAUUUUGUUGAAUUGAUUUUGUUCAUGUCUUAAUCGUCCGACCAUCCGUGGCCAUGGUUUCUCGGAUAUUUUUUAUUUAUGUGGUAUUCUGAAAACCAGUGGUAUAUUUAUGUCAUAGAUGAAAACAGUAAGAGGUCCCCCCAUUUCUCCUCAGUUUUUGAAAGAAUUACAAAAUUAGUCCUGAAGAAAUGUGAGGGUCCCGAACUUUUUCUCACUCGGAAAACGUCGGCUGACCACCGUUUGAUUCUCCGAUAUUUCUUAUUGAAAUCCACGUAUAGAUAACAUAUUUGUGUGUAAAGGGUGCUUGCCACUGAUCCGAAAACUAACUGGAUAGUAAGUACAUCGGCUAUGCGUAAAUUAAGCCAAGUGACCACCAGGCCUGUCCACAAGUUGCUCGGCAACUUUUUUUGGCAAUUUUUCCUGGUGGGAGCAACUAUUUCUGGGUUUUAUUCUCUAAUUGCGCAAUUCUAACAGUAAUUUAUAUCCAAUUUUGCUAGCAUAAAGUUCGAUGGAGGAAUGUUAAAGAUUUGUAUUUUUUGUCGUUUCACUAUAGUUUAAGCUCAGUAUUGAUACAUUUUGAAAGAAUUCUAUCACGUAAUUUAUACGACAUUUAAUACAUCAGCAUGAGCCAACCGAGAACCACUGGGGUGUUUUUGUCCGGCGUUGUUGAUACUCAAAACUUCUAACGCACUUUGAUAUUUGUCCGGCACCAGUUCAAGCGAAUUUUGUGAGGAUUUUAAAACACUUGAUCCCACUUUGCAAACACCGCGAAUACAAAAUCAAACGGCGACUGAGCUAGAAACCUUGGGCAACUCUCUUUAAAAACUAGCAACUUUUAGAAAAAAAGAGACUUUUUCGAGCAACUUUUUAGGAUUUUUUGAGCAACUUUUUUCGAAAUUUUGAACAACUUGUGGACAGGCUUAAUAGUGUGGUGUUGGUGAUUUUUCCCGUUUCUAGUUGGGUGGGAAAGGAUAUAAACAUUGUCCGAAAAGAAAUUUAUUAGCUCUGGCCUGCUUUCCCCUUAAAUUUGCCGGCGAAUAAGUCUCAUUAUCUAGUGUUUAAAAACGUUCUAAAACUCGUUAGAACGAGAUAUAGGAAGCCAGGGACGCCGGAACUGGGGGGGGGGUCAGGAGGGGCAGCCGCCCCCGUUGCCGUUUACCAGGAGGGUGAAGGGGGGCAAAGGUGCCCUUUCAAUUUAAAGGAUUGCCUUGGCGAAAUAGCGAAUUGUCAGAAAUGUUAGUGCAAUUAUUUUACGAAUUUGCUUCAGAAAACGCAAGAAAUGCAGUCAUCGAGCUUCAAGAAUAGCACAAUCGUCUGGCGGAGAACCCCUCACACCACUAUCAUCCAGUAAAUAGAAAACAUGAUUAGGCGAAGUUCAACUCCCGAUGUUUUGCAAACAUCUCUUAGUAUAUAUCAAUUCAAAAGUGCCCUUUCACGAAAAUCUGCCCCCCUUGCCUUCACAUCGUUCCGGCGUCCCUGUGGGAAGCUAUAUUUUUCAAAAGUUAGCUAAUUUAAAAACUUCGCGAUCCGAUUUGCACAGAUUUUGACAGACUUCAAAAUCUCAUCUCGUAAUAUCAGAAGAUACUCUAUCCAGUUUAUGGUUUUCUAGAUCAGUGGUGCUUGUAUAUGAGUUUGAGAAAAAAAAGAUAAAAGCAGUCCUGUUUUAAGGGCAAGGUUUUCUACUUUCCAAAUUUUUACUUGAGCCUGAGUGAAUGAAAAAAGCUGUAAAUACCUUUCAGAUUGAAUAUAUAAAAAUAUAUUUAGCAUUCGCUUUGUUUAUUUUUGUACAGUAUGAUAAAUUCAAG